UCUCCUUUCCUCCCCUCUCCUUUUCCCUGUCCUCUCUCAUUUUCUGUCCCUCCCACUCUCACAAUUCCUCUCUCCCUGUGCUCUCUCUCGCUAUCCCUGUCCCCUCUCUCUGUCUCCCUCACCCCAUUGCCUCUUUCUCUCAUUCUCUCCCCUUGUCUCUGUCCUCUCUCAUUAUUUCUCUCUCUCCCUCACGCACAAUCACUCUCUCUUAUUCUCUCUCCUCCCUCUCUCUCCCACUUUCCUUCUCUCGUUCCCUCACUUGCUCUCACCUUCCGUCUCCCCCGUUCUCCCUCUCUUAUUCUCUCUCCUCUGCACUAAGUGCUGUAGUACAGGCUUUUUCCCGCGCUUGGAAGCAUCCACACGUCGGAGGACGGAGGAGCGCCCUCCUUCCUCCUCCUCAGUCCCGCCACCUCUACUACCACCAACCCCGUGUCGUCCUCUUCCCCACUCCACGACCGCCAUCAUCAUCGUCAUCAUCCAGCUCCUUUCUGUCCCUCUCAUGCCCGCCACUGAGGCUUCACUGCAGCUUGGAGCAUGGCGUGCAUCGGGGACGUGGACCCCUUCACCGCGGCCAUCCCUGCCACCAAAGUUGAACUCACCGUCUCAUGCAGAAACCUGCUGGACCGAGACACAUUCUCCAAAUCGGAUCCCAUCUGUGUGCUGUACACUCAGGGGAUAGCAAACAGGGAAUGGAGAGAGUUUGGCAGGACAGAAGUGAUUGACAACACGCUCAACCCCGACUUCGUGCGCAAGUUUAUCUUGGAUUAUUUCUUUGAAGAGCGGCAGAAUCUACGUUUUGACCUGUACGACUUGGACUGCAAAAGUGACAACCUCUCCAAACACGAUUUCCUAGGCCAGGCGUUUUGCACGCUGGGCGAGAUCGUUGGCUCGCUGGGAAGCCGCUUGGAGAAAGCUUUGAUCGGAAUCCCUGGGAAGAAAUGCGGAACGUUGAUCGUCAGAGCCGAAGAGCUGACCAACUGUCGGGAGUCGGUCAUGCUGCAAUUCUGCGGCAACAAAUUGGACAAGAAGGAUUUCUUUGGCAAGUCGGACCCUUUCCUCGUCUUCUACCGCAGUAACGAAGACGGAUCGUUCACCAUUUGCCACAAGACGGAGGUGGUGAAGAACACUCUGGAUCCCGUAUGGCAGGCUUUCAAGAUUCCUGUCAGGGCUCUCUGCAAUGGCGACUACGACAGGAGCAUCAAGGUGGAAGUGUACGACUGGGACAGAGAUGGAGGACACGACUUUAUCGGCGACUUCACCACCAGCUACAGAGAAAUGUCCAGAAGCCAGUCACAGUUUCAUAUCUAUGAGGUGCUAAAUCCCAAGAAGAAAGGGAAGAAGAAGAAAAAGUACCAAAACUCAGGAACGGUAACCCUGUUGUCCUGCCUGGUGGACACCGAGCUGUCUUUCCUGGACUACAUCCGAGGCGGGACGCAGAUUAAUUUCACGGUGGCGAUCGAUUUCACGGCGUCAAACGGCAACCCGUCGCAGCCCACCUCGCUGCACUACAUGAACCCGUACCAGCUGAACAACUACGCCAUGGCGCUGCGGGCGGUGGGCGAGAUCAUCCAAGACUACGACAGUGACAAGAUGUUCCCGGCACUGGGCUUCGGAGCCAAGCUGCCCCCUGACGGACGUGUCUCGCACGAGUUUGCCCUGAACGGCAACCCGCAGAAUCCGUACUGUAGCGGAAUUGAGGGCGUGAUGGAGGCUUAUUACCAGAGUCUCAAGUCAGUGCGCCUCUACGGGCCCACCCACUUCUCCCCGGUCAUCAACCACGUGGCCAGAUAUGCGUCGGCGGUGACGGACGGCUCUCAGUACUUCAUCCUGCUCAUCAUCUCGGAUGGCGUCAUCACGGACAUGGCUCAGACCAAGGAGUCCAUUGUCAACGCCGCCUCUCUGCCCAUGUCAAUUAUAAUUGUCGGGGUCGGACCAGCAGAAUUUGAUGAAAUGAUCGAACUGGAUGGAGACGAGGAGAGGAUCUCCUCCCAAGGACGCUUCGCUGAACGGGACAUCGUUCAGUUUGUUCCGUUCCGUGACUACAUUGACCGCAGGGGCAAUCACAUCCUCAGCAUGGCCCGGCUGGCUAAGGAAGUGCUAGCGGAAAUUCCCGACCAGUUCCUGUCUUACAUGAGGACGCGGGGGAUCAAACCUGGUCCGCUCCCGCCACCUUACACGCCAUGCCCCCCGCCGGCUCUACACCCUCUCCUCACCAGAAGGGUAAGCCGGAUCUAAGCUUCUGAGGCGUCGUCGUCUUCUUCUUCUUCUUCUUCUUCUACUUCCAAAUCUUCACUGGAAGCUUUUGAGCUGGUGACCGAUCGCUGUUUUCAGAGCGGCGUGCAGGUGGAGGCUUCGGGAACUGACAGUGGGAAUGGUCACUGUUUUAGGGGCGUGAGCUCAGACACAUGAAAGGAACGGACUGUAUUUCGGAUCCCACUUUUGUCACCAAAUUGUCUCUCCAUAUAUAAAUGUUUACAAGUUGAGGCCUGAAAAAGGAGGAAACUACCAAUCAAUGUGAGGAUGCAGUAUUGGAGUGUGUGACAUUUUCAUCUUUACUAGGUUAUUAAAUGCAGCAUGUGCUAGUUAAAGAGAAGCAUGCACUGUCGUCCUGCACUCAGGGCUUUGUCCUGCCCCACCGACUUGAACCAGCCUUACGUUUUGGCAGCGUUCUUCCACAUGGCUUUUUGGAACUGUAGUUAGAAAAUAAUCCACACCCUUCACUUCAAAACAGGACUAAAGCGUGUCCUCUAUAAUUUUUUUUCUCCCGUCUUUUGUCUUCCUACCUCUCAGUGUGUUGCCAAAGCAUGUUAACCUGUCUGUUUUUUUCAAUCCUCAAAAAACAUGAGGAAGUGAAGCCAGUAGGGAAUGACAGCUAAAGUUCGAGUAGCAUUUAGACAUUUUCCUUUCUUGAGAAAAAAACAGGACUUAAGUAUCAGGUGGUGCUGAAAAGUUUGCAGCUAGUCCAGCUGAUGAUAACUGACAGUACCCAUUGUAACUGGUGAUACCUGUCGGAACAGACGAUAUCCGUCAUAAAUGAUAACUAUUUCAGCUGACGAUACCCAUCAUAACUGCCGAUAACCAUCGUAAGUGAUGAUACCUACAAUAACUGGAGACAACCAUCUUAAUUGACAAUACCCAUCGUAAAUCAUGAUACCCAUCGUAACUGGCGAUAACCAUUAUAAUUGAUGGUACCCAUCGAAAAUGACAUUAAUUUUAUAAUUUCACAAUACCCGUCAUAACUGGCAAUAACCUUCGUAAACGAUAAUAAACAUUAUCUUUGGUGAUAAACAUUGUACAAGUACAUAACCAUACCUAUUGUAACCGGUGAUGCUUGUCAUAACUGUUGAUAUUAUCUUAACUGGCAACAGCUGUUGUAACCUGUGAUAUGGUUGGCAAUAUUCAUCGUAACUGCCGAUAUCCAUUGUUAAUGGCGAUACCCAUCGUAACUGAUGGUACGCAUCAUCGUUGAUGAUACCUAUCAUAUUUGUUGAUAUCCGUCGUAACUGGCAAUGACCAGCAUCAUUGGCAAUACCUAUCGUAACGGUUGAUACCAAACGUAACUAGCAAUUUUCCGUCAUAACUGAUGAUAAAUUUCCAAUUGACGAUAACUGUCAUAAUCGAUGAUAACCAUCAUAAAUGGCAACACGUCUUACGUGACAAUGCUGAUCGCAAUUAACGAUACCUGUCAUAAAGCUUAACACCCAUGCUAAGUCGUUAUAACCUUUGUAACUGACAAUGCCCAUGAUAACUGACAAUAUUCAUUGUAACUGAUGAUACCCAUCUUAUUUGAUGAUAUCCAUCUUAACUGAUACCGUUCAUAAAUGAUGAGGAACGUUAUAGUUGCUGAUAACCGUCGUAACUGACGGAACCCAACGUUACUAACAAUACCCUGCAUGACUGACAAUACCUGCUAUAAUUGGCGACACUGAUCGUAACUGAUGAUUGCUGUCGUAACUCAUGAUAACUGUAUUGUUGUUUACGGUGGGUAUGGUCUGUUACAAUUGGUAUCAUGUGGGAGCAAAUGUUGUUUUUCCAUUACGACAGGUAUCGCCUGUUACAAUGAAUUCCAACACGUUCGGCAGGUAUAGUCAUUUACCAAGUGUAUCACUUAUGAGAAUACAAAUGUUGUCGUUUUCGUAUAUAGAGAAAACUCCAAAAGCUUUUGUGUCUUUUCAUUUUACCAUGACAAAUAUAAAUAUGACAAAAAGUUCUGAUACAUUUCCACACCAUUAACAAUAAUAAUAAUGACAUCCAUGAAUGAAUUAUUACAUUACUGGUUUAUUUAUUUAUCUUUCUGCCCUUCAGCUGACAACUUUUCAGAACCACUUCCAAUAUCAAAGGGAUCUCACCCCCGCUAAAGUUCAGAAUAAAGAGUCCCACCCCAAACUGCACUGACACUUUGAGCAUGACCCUCUUUUUUCUUCUUUUUCAUCUUGUUUUUUCAUUUGUUUUAGCGUGAAGUCAAGCACAAACAAGCAACAGCUCACUUCCUAUUCACUGUAUGAUAAAAUUCUAGGCCCAGUUAUUAAGGUUUACAAACAUUUUCUAAAGUCAGGCUGCAAAAUCCACAUCAAACACAUGCUUGUAAAAUGUUUUCUUAUACAUAUAUAUACAGUAUAUAUUUAUACACUGUACAAAUAUCUGCCUUUUUUGGUGUACGGGCUCAUGAUAUUUAUCUUAUUAUUACGUGUAAUGCUGCUUCUUUAUGUAUCAUAUUUUGUACCGAGGCCUGUAAUCAUAUUUAAAUUAUGACUAACAGGCCUUAUCCGUGUUUCUAUGUUGUGUUAUUCAUAUUUAAAUGAUGAACGACAGGCCUGUAUUUUUUAUAACUAUGUAUUGUGAUCACUAACACUCAGUGAUCACGUUUUUGCCCCCAAAACUUUGUUUAGUGUAAUUAUUUAUUGUAAUGUAUGUUUGCUGGGGGGCAAUGAAGCGGGGUCCCGCAGAGUGGGUUGACAGACUUUUUAUACUCUUUAUUAUUAUUAUUUUUACAUGUAUUUUGUCUUAUUUUUUCCACACGUGAGUGAAAAAUGUAGCAUCAACUGAUGAAAGCAAACAAACAGACAGGGAAUGGCUUGAGAAUAACAGUGCACUGGACACUUAAUUAGGUACACCCUCCAAUAAAAUCCAGUGCCCAAAAAAAAAAAAGAAAAGAAAAAUUCUGACAUAGUAAAACAAUGCUAUUCUUUUAAAUAUUUUUAUUAUUGUAGUUGGUUUAGCAAACAGUUCAUGAAGAUGCUGCUUUGAUAUUUUUGUUUCCUCCACCAUAGGGGAUAAUGGAACUGACAGGCAUAUUUUAAAUCAGUUUAACAUUCAAUCUAAAAAUAAGUUUUAACCCUGGUUCUGCACCAAAACAAAAUUUGAAGACCAUGGGAGAAACCUGGAUCAAAAUUUUUGUAAUAAAUAUUUCAUAGCAACAUAAUGUAACCAAGAUAAACUGCAAGGAAUGGUCUGAUGUUCAUCUGGGUUCCCACUUCAGUCACCAUUUUAGGGCCAUAGAAGAAAUCAGGAUUAAAAUAUAAUAAAUGGAUGAAUAAAUAUUCCGCGGCACAGUGAGCGGGUGGUUAGCACAUUUGCCUCACAGUUCUGAGGACCCGGGUUCAAAUCUGGCCUCGCCUCGUUGCAUGUUGUCCCUCUGCCUUUGUGGGUUUUCUCCGGGUACUCCGGUUUCCUCCCAAAACCCAGAAAUAUGCAUGGUAGGUUGAUUAAAGACUCUACAUUGCCCGUAGGUGUGAAUGAUUGUUUUUUUAUAUGUGCCCUGCGAUUGGCUGGCUACCCCGCCUCUUGCCCAAAGUUAACUGGGAUAGGCUCCAGCACGCCCGCGAACCUAAUGAGUAUAAGCGGUACGGAAAAUGGAUGGAUGGAUAAAUAUUCCAUAGCUAAAUAACGUACGCUUCCCCUAUUAGUUGAGAGCCCAUAUCUAUCACCAAAAUUGUGUCUCCAUUUUAAAGCUUUAUUGAAUGAUUUUUUAAUAGCUAACAUGCUGCCAGAUGUUUUUGUGCUAGUGUUUGUUAGCUGGUUAGCAGGAUGAUACAAAACAACAUUUUGUGACCAUGGGAGAAGCCAGGAUCCAAAUAUUGGUAAUAAAUAUUAUAUAGUUACAAAAGUUCAUCAAGAUUAACUUCAUUGAAAGGCCUGGUGUUGAUCUGGGAUCCCACUUCUGUCACCAAAAAAUAUGGGCCCAUGGGAGAAGCUAGGAUCAAAGUAUUUUUAAUUGUUUAAAAGCAGGCAGCACGGUGGGCGACUGGUUGGAGCGCCUGCCUCACAGUUCUGAGGACCGGGGUUCAAUCCCUGGCCCCGCCUGUGUGGAGUUCGCAUGUUCUCCCCGUGCCUGCGUGGGUUUUCUCCGGGCACUCCUGUUUCCUCCCACAUCCCAAAAACAUGCAUUGUAGGUUGAUUGAAGACUCUAAAUUGCCCGUAGGUGUGAAUGGUUGUUUGCUUAUGUGUGGCCUGCAGUUCAGGGUGUACCCCGCCUCCUGCCCGAUCAUAGCUGGCACUCCCGCGACCCUUGUGAGGAUAAGCAGCUCAGAAAAUGGAUGGAUGGAUGGUUGUUUAAACGCAACAUAAGGUAACCAAGAUAACUACAAGAAACAACUUGGUGUACAUAUGGGAUCCCACUUCUGUUACCAAACAUUUGGUGACCGUGAGAAAAGCCAGGAUAAAAGUAUUAAUAAACCCUCACCAAAAAAUUAUUUUAUUGCAAGGAACAGCCUCUCUGCGCCCUUAAUUGCCCCACAGGGCUUUUUUUUAAAAAAAAUUUUUUUUUUACAUUGGAUUUCAUCUGAUUGUGUGCCUAAUGCUGUGUCCAGUGGGUGUAUAGUUCAUCUACCAUACAGUAUAAUGAGUAUAUAUAGUGUGCAGCUAGCAGAGCGUGUUUCACGAGGCAUAAGGGCCUUUCAUUUCAUUUAUUCAUGACGACAACUUCGAUGUCACCCACUUUCUCUCCGUCUCGCGUAUGUGCAUCAAGCGCAUGUAUGAAACAUGCAUGACGCUUGUGUAACCAGGCUGACUUUUGAUUGUGCUCUCAGAGGAACCGUGCUUUCAUGUCGCUCGCAAUUAAUUGCGCCAUCAGUGACCUUUUUUAAAAAAUCCACGAUGACAUUUGGAGUCAUUAAGGCAGGUUUCAGGAAAUAGCAAGACUUCACAAAGAUGUCUGCUAACGAUGCACCACAUGGACGCAUUGGUGAUGACCCGUUACGCUUCUCAGCAGGCUAAUUAGUUAAUUAGCAAAUGCUAACAAGCGCAGCUAAUACAUACUUAGACAGAGGUAGCUUUUUUAGUAUUCAAGAAAAAAAUAUUAAUUCAUUCAUUCUGAAUGAAUGAAAGAAAAAAAUAGCGGAAGAUGGAUAAUGCUGUGGAUAAUAGCUUGUUUUCCAGGGUUGGGCUAUACAAUUGCUCACUUCUAAAGUCGUGGUAAAAGGCUUUUUCUGUUCCUUCAUGACCCGAUACUGUUGCACGGUGCUGUAUAACAUUUUGUUGGGUUGCUUUAGGGAAUUUUUUUUUCUCUUAAAUUGGUCUAGGACCUCUUAGUUCCUUGUCAAUGUUUUCACUUCCCAUCAUGGUCCAAUACAAUGCAUGGAGCUGUAUUUUCGAGAUGGUUUAGAUCAUUUAUAUCUAUGUUGGUUUGGUUUAGAGGCGGCACGGUGGAUGACUGGUUAGAGCGUCAGCCUCACAGUUCUGAGGACCGGGGUUCAAUCUCUGGCCCCGUCUGUGUGGAGUUUGCAUGUUCUCCCCGUGCAUGCGUGGGUUUUCUCCGGGCACUCCGGUUUCCUCCCACAUCCCAAAAACAUGCAUGAAUUGGAGACUACAUUGCCCGUAGGUGUGAAUGGUUGUUUGUUUGUAUGUGCCCUGCGAUUGGCUGGCAACCAGUUCAGGGUGUACCCCGCCUCCUGCCCAAUGACAGCUGGGAUAGGCUCCAGCAUGCCCGCGACCCGAGUGAGGAGAAGCGGCUCAGAAAAUGGAUGGAUGGUUUGGUUUAGAUCAUUUAUUUUGCGUUUUUUUUGGUUUCCAUCCUGUAUUUCUCUUUUGGGUUGGUCUCGAACCGCCUUGUUCCUUGUAGUAUUUUUCAUUUCUGCCAUGACCCAAUACUAUAAGGCUUGUUUAUCAUUUAUUUUGAUAUUUAGUUGGUUUUGACUGCUUAUUUUUCUGUGGGGUUGAUCUAAAACCUCAAAGUCUCUUGUCAGUGUUUUCAUUAUUUUAAGUUUCCAUCAUGACCCAAUACUGUUAAGCUGGUAUUGAUCAUUUAUUUUUCUGUUGGAUUAGUUUAGACUGCUUGUUUUUCCUGUUUUUUAUUUAUUCAUUUAUUUUUACACAGCUUGUUUCUCUGUUGGGUUGGUCUUGAACCUUUUAGUAUUGUUUUCAGUAUUUUCAGUUUCCAUCAUGAGCCAUUCUUGUUGGGUUAGCUUAGAUAAUUUUUUUGUUCGGUUGGUUUAGACCACUUGUUAUUUAUGUUGGGCUAGUCUAGAACCUCUUAGUUACUAGUCCAUGUUUUCGGCGUUUUCAGUUUCCAUCAUGACUCAAUACAAUUAGUUUGAUUUACAACCCCAAUUCCAAUGAAGUUGGGACGUUGUGUUAAACAUAAAUAAAAACAGAAUACAACGAUUUGCAAAUCAUGUUCGACCUAUAUUUAAUUGAAGAAUCUACAAAGACAAGAUAUUUAGUGUUCAAACUGAUAAACUUUAUUGUUUUUAGCAAAUAAUCAUUAACUUGGAAUUUUAUGACCGUAGAUGAAGAAAUCCCUAAAUUCCUUGCCAUUGUACGUUGAGGAACAUUGUCCUUAAACUGUUUGACUAUUUUCUCACGCACUUGUUCACAAAGAGGUGAACCUCGCCCCAUCUUUGCUUGUGAAUGACUGAGCAAUUCAGGGAAGCUCCUUUUAUACCCAAUCAUGGCACCCACCUGUUCCCAAUUAGCCUGUUCACCUGUGGGAUGUUCCAAACAGGUGUGUGAUGAGCAUUUCUCAACUUUCUCAGUCUUUUUGGCCACCUGUCGCAGCUUUUUUGGAACGUGUUAAUGAUUAUUUGCUAAAAACAAUAGUUUAUCACUUGGAACAUUAAAUAUCGUCUUUGUAGUGUAUUCAAUUAAAUAUAGGUUGAACAUGAUUUGCAAAUCAUUGUAUUCUGUUUUUAUUUAUGUUUAACACAACGUCCCAACUUCAUUGGAAUUGGGGUUGUAGAUUUUCUGAUGGGGUCGUCUAAUAUAGAACUUCUUAGUUAGUUAGUUAGUUUCAUUUUCCAGUUUCAUGAUGCAAUACAGCUGGGUUGGCUUUGAUCAAUUAUUUUACUGUUGAAUUGGUUUAGACUGCUUGGUUUUCCUGUUGGGUAGGUCUAGAACAGGGGUUACAAACAUGAUGCCCACAUGUACUAGGUAGCCCCCAAUGACCAAAUGAGUAGCCGACAAGUAUAAGCGGUAUAGAAAAUCUAUGGAUGAAUGGAUAUAAUUAACAGUAAUUUGAAAUUUGAAAUUUGUGUCAUUUCAUAAGUGUGUAUCAAACUAAAGAAGCUCUCAGUUUCAAAAAGGUUGGUUCAAGAACCUCAUUUUACAUCAAUACAUUUCUCAAAAUCAAGCAUGUCCAAUGCAUAGCUGGUAACUGUCAACAGAUAGACUGUAAAGCAUGUAUGGGUGUUCAAAUAGUGACGUCAGUGCAGGCAGGGUGAGUCAUUUUUAUUAUUAUCUUUUAAAAUCGAUUUCCAGGAAGUCAGAAGCAAACAACACAUGCAUUGCAGUGUGUUUUGGUGGUGACAAUCGGCGCUCCAGAUAUAUAAAUCACUAGAGGUUCUAUUUGUAUUGGACAAUCCGUUCUUUGGUCUGCUUUCAAGUGCCCUCAGGAAGAGAGAAUGAAUAGUGUUCGCAUGACGACGGAGGAGUUGAAGUAUGGGGGCUUUGGAUGUCUUCCGCCGGUUUGGUCGCAUGAUGCCGCUAAGUGUGAAAUCACUGUUCCUCUGAGGCCGUGUAGGAGUAACAAUGGAGAGCAUUGACGGACAACGAGGCAAGAAAAGCUUUGGUCGCCGCCUCCAUCCAUCGCUUCAUUCGCAUUAGUCCGCCAGGCAAUGUGACCUUCUCGAAGUUUUUUUUAAAUGUCUCUUAUGAUAUAAACACGGUUAUUACACGGAAUGCUUAUGCUGAAUAUCCUCUCUUAUCCAAGCAUGCAUUGAGUUUGGAUGUGUACGUUCUUUUCUAACAAGUAUAUUUGCAAAGAGUAAUUGGAAUUUUUUUUCUACUGUUUUGCCUUAAAAAUCUUAUUGCCUGAUUUUGGAAUUGUGUGGCUUUAUCGGCUAAUGACUUUUGUUCAGUUUUUCUUUUGUUAUACAAGUUCACUCCUCUGUGAGACUCAGCCUAGGGCUUGUGAACCAUGUUUCCGCCAAGCAGUAUAGUUCAGUUCGAAACAACGGAAUAAUCCCUGGACAUUAAUUAAAAAAAUAAUUAUUAUUAUUAUUUCCCAAUUUCACUCAUCUCAACUUCUAGAGCACUUUCAAAGCUACCGUGUUCAUGUUUAAAGUGCUGCACUUUAAACAUAAAACCCAAUAAUUAAGAGUGUUUUCAUCGCUCUACAACUUUAUGUUCCAAAAUUACUUGAAAUGGAACCAUCCCUAGACCCUCAAAUGCUCCCAAAGCCCAGUUUUGGUACUUCCCAAUGUCGGAAGGAUGGUAGUGCUGGAAAGCUCAACCAAAAAUUGUCUUGGAAGAAUUCGGUUUCAAAGCUGUAUGACAUUCUAUUUAAAGGUUAUGUCAAGUUUGGGUUUUCGAGGUUUUAGAGGCAAGGCAAAACUUGAAAAACCCAAGUGCAGGGAAGCACAGAAGCAAGGCAGGAGUGCAGGAAUCUCCAAAAAGGUAUUGUAAGUUCAAAAACCCAAAAGACCAACAAGGAUCACGGAGCAAAUGCUAAAUUAACAUUGCCAAAAUCUUAAUUCAAAGUAACAAAGAAACCAAAAUACUGACCACUAAGAAACAUGACGGGAUAAAGAAACAUGGGCUAUGACAACUGACGACAAAUGACAAUGCAGCAACACAGACUGAAAGAAAGCAAGGAACUAAAUACAAACAAAUUGACGAGACAACGAGGAACACCUGGAAAAGAGACAAGUGGCUGGAGGGAGCUGAUUGGUUGCCACAAGGUAGAGGGCUGACGAGAACAGGUGGAGACAAUAACCAAAUGAGUAGACGAGACAUGAAAAUGUUACACAGGAAAACUUGACAAACGCAUGUCUGAUCAGAACCAAGUCAACAAAAGCACAGACCCCUACUAACUAAACCUAACCAUAACCCACGUUACUUCGAAUGAAACAAUCAAACACAUCAAAUGGAUUUGGCACUUCCCAACAUCAUAGUCUGGAGUUGCUACCAUUGGAAAAACUCAACCAUAAACAACCCCUGGACUUAAAAAAAAAAAAAAAAGAAAAUCCCUGUUUUGGCACUUCACGCCAUUGUAAAAGGACGGGGUCGGUACAGUUGGAAAGUUGAACCAUAAAAUGUUGUGGGAAGAACUUGUUUUCAACUCUGUACGACUUUCCAUUCCAAAAAUGACUUCAAACAAUUCAAUCACGUUCAAUCAAGUCCCCAAACCCGAUUUGUUGUACUUUGCAUAAGUAGUAGUAGGGUGGGGUUGGUACCGGUGGAAAGAAAGCUCAACCGAUAAACUAUCUGGGAAAAACUUGUUGUCCUGAUCCCAUCAAAAACUGAGGUCAGCUCAGACCACAGAUCCGCUCCAGAAUGAACCAGUCGGUCUUCCUUAACUCCAAGUAAACAAGACUUUACUUUCUUUCUGGCUGUUGAGGGCAUUUGCAUGACGCUUGUGUAACACAAGAACACCCAUGAUGAGAACGUGCCAUAUGUUUGCCAUGUCACAAACCAGCAAUGGUUUUACUCUUCUUGUACUGUAUACGGAAGCCACUAUAAAAUUGGUUUAAAAUGAUAUUGAUAUGAUAUUUCUGUAAGAACUUUCAAUAAAUAUUACUA